AAGUCAUUCCCCGUUCGUUUCGUUCGGUUGCGUAUUAUCGAAGUGGACAUAGGAAGAAAAAUGGCGCGUGUUCGCGGGUGGCCACAUUAACAAGAAAAAGUGUCAUAAUAACGUUCUAUUCUAGCCCGUAAUUUGAUUGAAACCAGUACCGUUACCUAGUAUUAUGGAAAUAAGUCGAAAUCGGAACGAAAAGUGAUGGUUUAGUGAUAGGAAUUGUGAAAGGUUUCAAAGCGGGUCAUUUUUUUUACUUGGCUUCUUUGCCGUUUUCCUGUUGUAGCGGUUUUCGGCGGCACGUACACAAGAAAGCUCUAGACAAACGGAUUCAACGCACACAUACCGACGAGUUCGUGAAGUGUUUUUAAUAUGAAUGACCUCUCAAAAAAUAAACCAUAAACGUUUGUUGUUUGGUAAACAUAAAAUAGAGCAUUUUUUUCUUUUGCAAAUAAACCGCCAUAUGCAAGCUGAAAAGUUGCUUCAAAAUAAUCCAAAUGAAGUGAAAUUCGGAACAGGUAAAGCAUCAGAAAGGGUCCCACCUAAAUGUCGGAGGCAUGGUAUCGCCCUCUAAAACCAAAUAUUCGAGGGUCGCAGCCAAUCAUCAGCCGAAAACGGCUUCCAACAAAGUAAAACUCGUGAAAGGCCCGAGACCCUUGAUUUAUCACCGUUUUUACUUGGACAUCCAGAACUAUAAACUUGCAAACAAGAUCGAGUAUACGAUCAAGGAACUCGGCGGCAAAAUUGAAUUUUUCCUAGACAAAGAAAUCACCCAUUUUAUCACCGAUAAAGAAUACCAGAACACUCAGGCUUACAUUGCGGACGGCCUGGACGGAGGCCCCUCGAGCUAUCAGCAGUCGCCGGUAACACCUUCAACGCCGAAGACACCACUUUCACACCCGUAUCACCAUCUGCAGUAUGUGAACGAAGCUUCGCCGUCGUCACCAUGUCUCAGUGCAACACCUUCGGCUACGGCCAGUGGUACAACGGCACAAGCGACCAGUACUGCAAGGAUCAACACCGGCAGUGAAUACAAGAAUAAACCAACUAAACCGCGCAGUCGUGCGGAUGCUAUGCUUCAGCGUGUUCGACAGCAGAAUCAGAAUAACAGCAACAAUCAUUCAAGCGCAUCCAACAAUCGUCUUUCAGCGACAUCGGCUCGGUCCCGUCCGGACAGUCCGUGCAGUCCGGUACCACCGGUGUCAGCAGCAGCAGCCGCACCGACUCUUACCACAUUCCGUCCCGAUCGCAACAGCCAGAGCCCGGCACAACUGGCCAAAUCCUGGGGUAAGCCGAUCUGGACCACGGAGUACGCGAUCAAGUUUCUGAACAAGGUUAUCGAAACUUGCAAAGCCGAUCCGGAUCUGUGCGCCCUGUCGAAACCGUCGGCAGCCGCGAAGAAGGCAACUAAUUUGCAGCAUUUGCGAGGGGAUUUUGUUAAGAUCGAAUCCUUCCAGCGGCACUACAGACCGGCAUUCCAACUGUUUAAGAAGUGGCCGUGGUUGAACUUGAACUCGAAAAGCAGUAAUUCACCGUUCGAUAGUGAGCGGGAAAAGUCCGUUCCUCCACCACCGAGUGCCGCCGCCAGCAACAAAACUGGCAAGGAAGCAACGACAACUCGAGUGGAGAACAGUGUGAAAACAACGGCCACAACCAAUGCAACGACAAAGCAGCAAACCCAUCAACAGCAACAGUGCGGUUAUUGUGAAAUCUGCCGGAUCGAGUACGAUGUUUUGGCAAACCAUCUGGUCGCGGAAGAACACAGUGCAUUUGUGAACAAUGACUCUAAUUUUGUCGCGUUGGAUAAACUGAUCAAUGAUGGUGGUGUUGGAUUGGAAGCAUUUUUAACUAAGAAUAAAAAACUUGUUGAAUCAUUCGAGGCGAAAGAAAAAGAAGAAAUUGCAAAUAGUGGAAUUUGUGUGGACAAUACUGUGAAAGAAGUUUGUGGGGAGGUAGAGACAAAACGCGAAUCAGAUCGCAAAAAAGAAUACAGUGAACCAGAGGAAGCACCAAAAGUUAUCCGAACUUAUUCGAAGAAACUAAUCCGUGCAGCCCAGAAUCCGGAAUCGAGUUCUCCUCCUGCGAAACGCACGUACGCCGGUCGGAGAAUCGCAAAACCGUUGUCGGCAGCAACCGAAAGCACAGAAAACGCGUCGGAAUCGCAAAUGUUUGGACGACGCUCGGCGAUCUAUCAUCAUCCUCAUAACACAUUGAAUCACCAUAAUCAUCAGAAAGUGAAGGCAGCUAAGCUCGUUCAGCAAGCCAUACUGAAUAACGGAUCGACUGCAGCCGAGUUGGUCAAAUCGGUUGCAAAAGAAAUAGAAAGCCAACAACAGCAGAAGAAGAAAGCUCCUGUCUUCGACGCAGAGGCGAAUGAGAUGAAAGUGCUCAACGAUAGCAGUACUACUAGCGAGAAGGAGAAAGAUCGUCAAUCGAAGCGCGGUGCUGCGGACAGAAUGGGACUGAAAGGAUCCACUCUCAAACCGGUGAGUCAUCCGGUCGAGCUGAUGGAAUGUGAGGGUUUGGAUCCCAAGAACACAAAACGGAUUAGUCUGGGCUUGCGCCAGAAUCCCAAACGAGCUAAUUUGAACGAAGAUUUUACCAGUUUGCUAGAUGAAACGCUGGGACCGAUGCGGAAACCUCGGGUGAGAAGAGAGUCCGCUAAACGUGUUAAUUACUCCGAACCCCGAGAGGAUGAAAUCGCUUCUCAGGAGGAAAUUAUGCAAAGCAUUUUGGAGAGUACGGCAAAGGAAUCCAGUGAGAAUGAUAAAAAGAAAUCAGCAUCCUCAAAGCGACCGUUAGAUGUUAAAAUUCGGGGAAUUCGGUGGAGAGCUCCAUCCCCACAAGCUCGACCUCCCGUAAAAUCCCCGCUGCUUUACAAGGUUAUUGAAGAACCCAAACUAAAAAGUAAAAAGACAGCCUCCCCUACUAAGGACCCCAACGCAACCGGAAGUCAAAGCAAAACCAAUAAAAAUGGUUUGAUUGUAAAAAUACGCAGGGUUCGGCAAUCGGAAUUAAGUUUACUGAAUGAUGAAGCGGAAAAUUUCAUGUUCCCCAAGAAAGAUGAUAGCUCAGAGGAAGAAACAGACGAAGAUCGUCAAACAACAUCGGAAACUGGCCCCGGGGAUUAUUCUCAAGAAGUGCUGAGUAGCGAUUACGACCGGCGAAAUUCCAGCAUGCGAAAAUCUGCCGCAACGCCCGCACCAAGAGGGAAACGGGGGGCAUCAGUACCGGCUGGCUCGAGAGGCUCCCCAAAUAAACGAACUGCCAAGGAAACAAAUCAGGAGCUCGCUACAACACCGAAAUCGGCCUCUGGAAAGCAACGUCGACCCAAUCGGGGUGUGGCAGGGCUUAUACACGACAAUGCCGAGUAUUACAAAUUUCCUGAUCCGGGAUCUAGGUUGCGAUUUCCGGAAGCCCCCAUCCAGCCAGCCCCAGCAGUAGAAGAUGAUAAAAAUGCCGCAAUGAGUCCACCACGAGGAGUGGGCAGAAAACGUGCUAAAAAAAGUGCCCGCGGUAUUACGCCAGCACCUUCCACGGUCACCAGCAGCAGUGCCGAGAAGCAGAAACAAGAACUGCUACUGGGAACCCGAUCGUCGCCGACGUCACCCUACCAGCACCAGGAGUUGCUGUCCAACUGUGGCAAAAAUAUCAUCAACUAUGUCAAAGGGAAGGAGGAUGGGAUGGGGGUAUUCAACUGGAGCACAUUUAGCCGAAACUGUAAACAAAUUGAACCGUAUCGGUUCGCGUUUGAGCGAGUUCCCUCGCUGGAACCGUGGUAUGAAACGUUCCAGCGGCAGGACGAGAGCCGGGAGAAGAUGUACGAAUACUUUGGGAAUACCGCGUAUCGAAAACUGCCAUACGAGAUGGGGCCUUUACCACCAUUGAGACAAAAUUGUUGCAUCCUCAACUACCGGAUGAAAUCGAAAACGCCCGAAUCAAAUGUUCCAAUUUCUUCUGCCAGCAGCAACAGUAGUAUCAACUCUGCAGUACCAACAACUGCUUCAACUAACGAAACGACUGCAACCACCACCACCGCUGCAACCCCGGCUGCUAGUGGAGAUAUUCUGAUAACGGAUGACGACGAUAAGCAUUCGCUGUCGUUACCGCUGAAGAAACGGAAACAUCUUAUCGAUGCCGACCGGCCACGGAAAAGUCCUCGUGAGCAUGCGUCAACUCUAGCCAUCCUUAGUUUACUCCACCAACAGCAGCAACAUAACAGGCGACGAACGAUUAGCGGGUGUGCCAGUAUCGCGAUGACUUCCGGUCAUUUUCUCCCACCGAGUCCUAUGUACAGUCCCAAGAAGGCAGCUAUUCAGCAGCAGAAACAACAGGAUGGUGAUUCGGCACUGGGAGACGAAAUCCGAUCUUCCUGCGGCAGUGAUCCUAUUUCGGAGAAGGAGAUCCCAUCCGAGGAACCUAACAAAAUUAAGUUCGAUCCCCCGGUGCUAGAGGAUAAUUUUAUUAACUAUAAGGUGAUGUGUCAAGAGUUGGAAAAUUUCCUAAAUGUGGAUGAUGCUAAGCUUGACGAUUUACUGCUGGACGUUACAGUGCAACCUCAAUCAAAUUUUGUUCCAAUUGGCCUGAAUUCAAACCAAACACCUACCAAGCGGGAUCUGCUAGAUAUCGUACAAACCUGUGAUAAAGAUCCACCGCUCAGCCUGAAGAUGGUCAGCCGGCACGAGAGUAUCGUACGAAAAAUUGUACAGUACGAUCGGAAACCCCGUCCGCUUGCUGCCGUUUCCAUUAAGUCCUUCGAUGGUGGAGGAAGCAUUGGAUUCUUCAAGAAACGCAUCAACCGCACCGGGUGGCCAAACGCGAAGAAGCGUAUCGUGACGAGAAAGCAACAACAGCAACAACAACUGUUGAAGGUUACUAAAGAUGAUAACGGGACGUCAGACGAGGCUAUGAAGAAGGAAGACCAGACAUUAUUGGAUGGAGAGGGAUCGAGAAAGUCUUCCACGGAGGAGUCUCACGCUAGUGUCUCGUCCGGGAUGGAAAAACUGAAGCAAGAGGAGGAGGAGGAGGAGGAGGAAGACGAUGUCGAUGAUGAUGAUGACGAUGAUGAGUUUGAAGAUACGAUGACGAUGCUGGAUGAAGAGGAAGUACCGUCCAACGGAAAGGUAGAUCAGAGCGACGAGGAAGAGGUACUACCGGAGACGCCGAAGAAGGCAGAAAUUGAUCCCCCCCAAACACCCGAACCCAGCCAAAUCGAAGAGAUCAUCAUCCCUAAUCGUGCCAGCACCCGUCCGCUACCCAGCAGUAGAUACGUAACAAAAACCACAACCACGAUGACUCGCAUCGAUUACAACGUGUCCGUAUCUUCCUCUACGAUCGGAGUAAAUGUAAAUUUCAUCUCCAACACGACGGCACCCGCCGAAGAACCGCUGGUACCGAACACCAUGCGCAGUAAACUGAUUGCCAACAGUGUACGAGGUGUGUCAUGCCCUCCGGUGGCCUCGGUUGCCGUCAGCGGUGGACACCAUGAUGACGAUGACAAGGAGUGUGAUUCAAUUAGCUCUCGCAGUAUCUUCGUGAGUGAUGAUUGCGACACGACAUCUUCGACGCUGAUCAACAUGUGUACCGAGGAUCCGCUGGCUAUCACCCGCCCUGGGACCCCAGCAUCCCAUCAGAACAGUGCAACUCCGCAACCUAUCGGUACAACCGACGAACCCGCUGAUCGCCCUAUCUCGCGUUCACGAGUGAACAAUACCCGCCAUUUAGCCUGCAGGCCGAAGAAACGAACUUCUUCCGAGUGUAUCGGCAAAUCAUCUUCCCUCCAGCCAAUCGUCUGUAUCGAAAAAUUGAACUGCACUUCUAUGCGAACGCGAUCCUCCUCGCGUACUCCAGUCAAAACGUACAAACGAUCCAUUUUCACCAGCGCACUGGUAAACUCGUCGGGAAUACCGCUGAAAAGAAAGAGAAAGAAAAAACAUAAAAUGAACGGCACGAGUUCCUCCGCGUCCGGUGGUACAUCAUCGCCCAGCUGCUCGGACGAACUGAACUCUGUCUCCUCAUCUAUGGAAUGUGACGAACCGUCGACGACGAGUAAUGGUAACACUGGGCAAGGGGGAAUGUCCCCACGACGAACAGGAAAGAGCCAACCAGCAACCCCCAGUCCGCUCAAAUUCUCCCCCCGAAAGUUGCGAAAACCCCGGGGGAGGUGGUACAGGGAAAGAUAGGUAAGUUCCUCUCUGCAUCAGAAGAAGUAGUACUAGUUAUAAUGGUAGCCGUAUAUAUUAGUAAUCAUAGGUUAUGUUUGUGUGUGAACUGGGAAACAAAUGGAUGCCAAAAUUCGCCAGUUGACAAUUGAUUGUGAAAAGCAAAAAGCUUAACGUAUACAGAUAUUUAUUGGGAUGUUCUGUGAUUGGCAAAACAAAUCCCAACGGGCUCUAAAAUUUGGAUUGUUCCAUCCCCUCUCUCCGUGAUCUUUGUUUUAUUUUUUGAAAGAGUGCUGCGAAGCGGUUCUGUGGAGAGAGAGGAGAAAAUAUCGACUGAUAACGAAAAAUCGCAGACUUUUCGCACAUUUUGUUUUUUUUCUGUUCAAACUUCCGUUUUUAUCAACCGAAAAUCGAUUCAAUGUUUUAUUUGUACUGCACUUGAUUUUUGAUUAAUAUUUAAUUUAGCUAUAACGUAAAUUACUAUGAGCGCGACGCAAGAUAACAAACCCAAUACUGUUAGUUUUUUGUAUUAUAUUUCCCAAACGCCCUUAGCUAAUUUAUAUCAAUGAGGAAGAAAAUUAAAUCACUAGCGAACCAAUAGAAACAUAGAAAUCUUACAGUGUAGUGGAUGGACAAAAAUCAUCAAGAAAUCCAUUUAAGUAAUAACCGCAUAAAAAUGUACUUUCCAAAAAAGGAUAACAAACAAAACUAUUGGGAAAAGAUAUCUAAAGCGAUACAAAUGAAGGUGUAAUAAAGAAGACUAUGUUCACA